AUGGAAGGCUACUUCGCCCAAGGCUCAAACAGCCAAAAAUCAAAAAAGACUGUAUUCGCAGUCUUAGGUCUCCUAGCCGUUGUAGGAGUUGUUGCUACAGUUGCAGUUGCUUCUAGCUCUUCAGUAUCGCCAGCAUUAGCCCAAUUUGUCAUUGAAGAGCAAGAAUUCAGAGAGUUUAUGGAUACUCACGGGAAAUCAUACUCAUCCAACGAAGAAUACCAAAUGAGAUUCAAAAUUUUCCGUGACAACUCAGCCUACAUCCGCAUUUUCAACUCUUUCGGAAACUCCUGGGCUCUUGGUGUCAAUAAAUUCGCUGACAUGAGCUUCCCAGAAUUUAAAGCCAAAUAUCUCCCAUACAAGUUCCCAGCCAAAGAAAACACCAAUGUUGUCAUGCUCGACGAGGUCUCAGUCCCAAGCGCAAUUGAUUGGACUACUAAAGGUGCAGUAACCGCUGUUAAAAAUCAAGGACAGUGUGGAAGCUGUUGGUCUUUCUCCACAACUGGAUCAGUUGAAGGUGCCUGGUUCCUUUCAGGCCAUACUCUUGUAUCCCUCUCAGAACAAGAGCUUGUAGACUGCUCAACAUCUUAUGGAAAUCAGGGCUGCAAUGGUGGACUUAUGGAUAAUGCUUUUAAAUAUAUCAUUGCUAAAGGGAUUACUUCAGAAGCGAACUACCCAUACACCGCUAAAGAUGGUCUUUGCAACAAAGCUAAGGCUUCCCAAGUUAAUGCUACCAUUAGCAAAUACACUGAUGUCGCUAACUUCCCUCAUUAAAAUAUUCAUUGCAAAUUAAAUAAUAUAAUAAUUGGCGUAUAAAUGGCCAUUAUUAUAUGAAAUUUAUCAGCUGCAUUAAACCUUUGGCAUCUUUUAUUAACUUUUAAAAAUAAAUUUCUUUUUCUCAAUUUAAAUAUUUGUAAACUGGGAAUUUAAAAUCUAAAAAAUUAAUUAAAUUAGAUAAUGGAAGUAAGGACAAUAUUUCCCAAUUAUUUGCAGCUGUUGCCCAACAACCAGUCUCUGUAGCUGUUGAAGCUAAUCAAGAUUCAUGGCAACUUUAUAAAUCAGGAAUUGUAACCAAGGACUGUGGAACUGCUUUGGAUCAUGGUGUUUUGAUUGUAGGAUACAACCAGACAAGCACUCCUCAAUACUGGAAAGUCAAAAACUCUUGGGGUGCAGAUUGGGGUGAGCAAGGGUUCAUCAGAAUUGCAGUCAAGGCAGGAGCUGGAAUUUGUGGUAUCAAUAUGCAACCAUCAUAUCCUACAGUUUAA